AUGGAUAUUCAGCCACCUCGACCCUUGAGCGAAUCUUCAACAGCAGCUGCUGACGAGUUGGCCGUCGUUCACCCACUUGCACCGGACAUGACCAGCACCAAUUCAACUCACAACGUAACGAUGGAUACUACUCCAGCGCAGACAUCGAAUGAGUCUGCUACUGCAACUACUGAUGAGUUGGCCAUCUUGAAUCCUUUCGAAACGACCAAAACUUAUCCGGCUCGUGUCGUCAUGAUAGAUAACACUCAAGCUCAAACAUCGAAUGAGUCCGCUACUGUAACUACUGACGAGUUGGCCAUCACCAAUCCUCUCGACAAGACCAAAACGAAUCCAGGACACAAAAUCCCUCUAGAAAUCCAAACAAUGAUCUGGAACUAUCUUGUCGACUCCAUUGGACCCCGACGCGUCUCUGUCUGGCCUAAGAGCAAUAGAAAUAAAAUACCAGUCGUCUUCCAUGUCAACCACGAGAGUCGAACCACCGCGCUCAAAACUUACGCCAGGUUCACAUUCACCAAUAUCCGCGAGCCAGGCUCCAGAUCUUUUGAUUUCUUCUUCCGUCUCGAUCUUGAUAACUUGUUGAUACAUUUAUCGCCCGAAGCACUAGACUAUUACGCUGCUCUCCCUAAUGAGAAGGACAGAUACGAGAUGAAUCUCAGGAAGUUACUUGGGUUUAUAGAGCUGCAAGAGAAAUUGGAAUAUUGGAAUCGUGAUGAGACUGAUGACUUGGCUAUGUUUCGACCGAUCUGGGAGCGGAAUGAUGAGGUGAUCAACAAGAUCCAGCAUUUGACACUCACACAGUGGUGUUUAGGCGCAGAGUUUGACGGACGUUUCGGAAAAGGAUUCAAGUGGGAGAAUGAGCUUUUCUUUACGCUUGACUACAAUUUGAAAGAGCUGAAGUCAGUCACAGUGAUUGAUGAUGUCAAUCUAAAGUACCAGAGUCCAGCGUGUCAACGCGCUGCGAUGGUGCCGUAUAGAGGACUUGGAAAAGUCACUGUACGCAGGCAGGAAGAUGCAUGCCAUUUUGACGGGUUUGGCGGGCCAGCCACGUUUCAUAAUCGUCUGGCGAACUUUGUUUGCGAGUAUAGUCGUGCGAUGCGACGCAGGAGGGAAUUGUGGGAACAGAAGCGUGAGUCUCUAUACGGACGCGAACGUAAGAACAUGUGGGAUUUGUGGUUGGCAAGUUUGACUAGGGAAAAGCAUUCCAUGAUGACAGAAUUGGACAUUUUGGUGGAUGUUCUAGCCGCUGCCGAUUCUGAGGAUGAUGUCGAUGAUCAAGACGAACAAGAUUUGUCUGAUAGGAAUGGUAUCGACGAAUAUCAUGGCGAACAACAUUUCUUGUCGGAAUAG